AUGGUUAACUUUAAUCCCUUUGCUCGGCGUGAGACGCAUAGUGCUCAAGCGCUGAAUGCGUAUCGCAUUCUCGUGCCCCUCACCUGGGCGCUGGUCGUCAUCGUUGGCAUCUACUACUCCAUCCACUCGCCAGAUGAUGUGAAGAAGAGCAAGAAGAUCUGGAAGCAGGCGGAUAAGCACAAUACGCCUUUCAGUCAGAAUACCACUGUCACCGGUAUCUACUGGAUUCUGCUCCUCCUCUCCCAGCUUAGCUACGUUUGGCACCUGUUCUCCAAGGAUGUCGCGAUCGUCGCUCCCGCUGCUAACGUCGCGACCCACUUCAUCCUGAACAACCUCUUCGUCUUCUCCUGGAUCCUCCUCUGGACUCGCAACCACUUCUGGGGUGCCGAGGUGAUCCUGAUUGCCCACCUGGCCAACCAGCUCGUGGCCUACUGGCGACACCAGGGGCUCCCCGUUUUUGUGCAUCUUUCGACUCUCGCGGGUCCGUUGGCCUGGACAGUGACGGCGCUCUUCUGGAAUGGCGCGGUUGCGACACACAGUCAUAACCUACCCGGCCGAAUUGUCGCCAAUAUCUUUAUCUGGGUUAUUGCUGCCGUGGGCCUGUUCCAUAUCUCUGUGCGACAGGAUUAUAUUCUGGGCUACUGCUUCAGCCUGCUCACUCUGUCUCUUGCACUGCGUCAAUUUGCUGUCAAGAUCAUUGCCCUGCAGUGGAUCUUCGCUUUUGUCAUCUUCGGUCUUUUCACCGUGACCUCGAUCUACAUCUCCAGCACCAAGUACUACGGACGCGACACUCUCUUCCGUCGCGUUGCGCACCCAGAGUCUGUCGAUCGCGAAAGACAGCCCUUGCUCCACGACGAGGUUUAG